AUGUCAAAUGAAAGCGAUCAGCCAAUGCAAGCAGAACUAGGAAAUGAUGGCAAAAUAAGAACUAUGGUUAAUGACAGUAAAACAAACAAAAAAUGGUUCAAAUGUAGCGAAUGCGAUAAGGAAUUCAGUCGUGCAGAUAAUCUGAGGCGCCAUAAGAUGAUACAUACCGAUGAAAAAAAUUACAAAUGUGAGAUAUGCGACAAAGUAUUCAAACGGUUCGACAGANAGAUGUCAAAUGAAAGCGAUCAGCCAAUGCAAGCAGAACUAGGAAAUGAUGGCAAAAUAAGAACUAUGGUUAAUGACAGUAAAACAAACAAAAAAUGGUUCAAAUGUAGCGAAUGCGAUAAGGAAUUCAGUCGUGCAGAUAAUCUGAGGCGCCAUAAGAUGAUACAUACCGAUGAAAAAAAUUACAAAUGUGAGAUAUGCGACAAAGUAUUCAAACGGUUCGACAGAAUGACGGAACACAAAUUGACGCAUGCGGAAGAACGACCAUUCGAAUGUAAAAUAUGCAAUAAAACUUUCAAAGUGCGCCGCUAUCUAGAAUGCCAUAUCAAGAAGACACAUACGAACGAAAAGAUAAAGAAAUGUAACAUAUGUCACAAAGAAUUCUAUCGGCUUUCAGAUCUGAAGACACAUAAUUUGACGCACAGAAACGUACGAAUAUUCGAAUGUCACAUGUGCAAUAGACCAUUCAAAUGGUCAAGCAAUCUGAACAGGCACAAAUUGACACACGGAAAUGUACAACUACUCAAAUGUGAAAUGUGUGAUAAAAAAUACAGUCAGAAACGUAAUUUGGUUAGACACAUGAAAGUGCAUAAAAGUUCGGAUGAAAAGCUCUAUUCUGUACUAAACUCUUUAAUGAUAUCGAUAGCAGACGAUAUCAUUGACACAGAAAUAUUUAUAAUGAAAAUAAUUACAUUCACCGGACUAUAA